UCUUUCGGUGAAGGAUCAUGCAGAGUUUCUUGAGAAGCAGAUCAACCUCAUGACCAAGAGUUGAUGCUGCCCGGCUUGAUACCUUUAGUACGCGAACGACACUGGCUCCGAAAACCACUCUUCGUCACCUCUCAAUAUUCGUUCAGACUUUCAUAGUCCUCCAUUGUAUUGUCACUGUGACUUUGGAAACCGAUCAGCUUUGCAAUAUGGCGGAGCUCCACCAAGACCAGCGAUCCGUAUCCGGAACAAGCGAGGGAAGUGCAGGUACUCAUACGUCCUCCUCCUCAUCAAAUCCAGAUCUCGCUCGAGUUUUCGUGCAACUCGUGAAUGGGAUGAAAAUUGUUGUGCCUGUUCCACAAAGCUCAACCGUCCACGGACUUCACGCUCAAGCAUUGCACAGGGCUGCGAGGCUCGGCGUCAACGCAACCUUGGACAACUCUCUUCUUCAGACGAUUGGCAGAAAUCCAGUUGUGCUAUUUGGAGAAGACUCCCUCAUUGAGGUUCUUGAUCUUACCGAAGACAACACCUUUUCCCUCGGGUCGCUAGACAACCCCACAACUACUGCUGUCGACACAGACAGAGAACUUAGAGCGACAAACCUGGGUGCUACGCUACCACAGCCACGCUCUGGAAGACUAGGGCUACGCGAUCGAAUCUCAUCGCGACACCAGAGAGACGACCUGGUGUAUGUACGAUGGAUUACUCUCGAAGUUGUGUUAAACAACUCUCGACUUCGGAAAAUCCCUGUUGACAGCAUCCCUAUUGCACGCGAUACUACCUUGACCGAAUUUCAUCGCAUUGCAGUUGAGCGACUGUGUGGUACCACUCCUCAAGGCUCCUGCAUUCUCCCUCGGAAAUUAAAUCUUUUCUUGAGAGAGUGUAAAUUGCACGCCGAAAACAAUUUGGCAACACUGGAAGAUAUGGGCGCGAUAGGAAACGAGCAUGAACCUCUGGAUGUCUUUGUCGAGCUUACCGGACCCGAGUCCAGAGAAUCUCUCAGCCAAUUAUCAUUAUCGACCGAUCCAAAACGCCUCUGGAGUUUUGAUUCCACUACUAGAGGAAUGAGCACGUUCAUCACCAGCAUCCAGAUGCUGCUCGAAGAAAUCGAACGCGGGCAUUGCUCCUUGGAUGAGGUUCUAGAAGUUCUUCUAGAACUCACACACUUUCCUCCUCUACUUCUGGCUUUUCAGUCUGUUCACGAAACGGGCAUUGGUAAUAUGACACCUAUCGGUCCACUUCUCCUGGUGGCAUCUGCAUUCCAUGCCCUGUGCCACAGAAUGGUUCCGUCCAAAAUUUAUCGCUCCACGGACAAUUUGCUUGAAGCCUCUCGCCAGGUGGUGUUCUGGAUCUAUUCCAUGCGUUCUGAGGCAUCUCUAUCUCGAGGUAGCAGUAGGCCAAUGAUUCACAGAGCACAAAUCCAAUCAUAUCGAGAUAACGUUCAAUACAUGCCACAAUUUAUGCCCUUUCAUGAAUUGAAUGUGCGAACAGGAUCCAACCCAGGGACAGGAAAGCUUUUGGUGAGCAUAGAAAGAGGAGGGAGUGCACUGUGUCAGCGACUUGGUAUCGCUUUGCACCAAAACCCCUCUGUGCCAUGGGACUUUUACCUUCAACCAAUCGACGAUUGGUAUAUCUUGUGGGACCACAAAAUUAUCCCAAUGCUCCAUCCAAAUGAGUUUGACAGUCUAAUAGAGACUACAAAUUCAAUGAAUGCCUUCAGGAUGGUUGGUCCAUUGCAGCUUGGGGCUUGCUUAGCCGCCGAACUUCCAGUCAUAACCCUGAGCUCUAGAGGAUAUGUCUCCAAGUAUGAUCACGAAGACAUGGAAUGCAGUGAGAGGAGCUUCGUUACGUGGAACCCGAUUGAGGGGAGGGAAAAGCUACCGGGCAAUCCAGGCCAGUUCUUGUCGCAGAAGCUGGAUCCCAUACUUGCCGAACGCAAAAAGUUAGGCAAUUGGGAAUUGGAUGCUUGGCCUGAGUGGUCCAAGACUGCAGACUUCGGCGCUCCCGAUGAGGCAAUUGUCAUUUGCGUUGAUACCAGCUCAAGCAUGGCCACCCCGAUGCCAGAUGGCUGGAUUCCAGACCGAAGCUCUUCCGGGUUAAACCCUAGUCGACUAACUGAAGUCAAGGAAUUCUUCAAAAAUCUCGCCCUUCGAAUCUCGGCCCUCAAUCUUUCCACUCAUUUGGGACUGGUAACCUUUUCCAACAAGCACCUAGUCACGAUUAAGCAGCCACUCACAGCCUUGCACCUCAAUUUUAAUCAUCAACUGGACAACAUCGAGGCAAGGGGGUCAACGGCGAUUUUUGAUGCUGUGAACAAAGCUCAUUUGAUGCUGGCUGCUGUAAAGCGCCAGUACCCAAAUACAAAAGCUCGCAUCAUAUUGCUCACCGACGGGGAAGAUAGAGAAUCCACCAUUCAGCCAUCAACGGUAUCUUCGUCUCUUUACGCCAACGAUAUUGUACUAGAUGCAGUGGUCAUCGGGUCUAAUCAAACAUCCAAUCUCUUCAAAAUCGCAAGAGCCACAGGUGGAUACGCAUUUUCCCCCUGCACACAACAAGCUCUUUUCCAAAUCUUUCUGUUGGAGACUGUUGUUGAUAUUCGUACCCGGCCAGACAUCACCAAAGUCUUAUGCUCGGACUGGUCUACCUUCCAGCCCAAAGUAGCAGACAUGGCCAAUCCGUACGACUUCCCACCUUGUAGACCCCAUCCGAAUCUCGAGGACUACUUUAUUGCGCUGAGUGAUGCGGAACGCUUCAUGAACCGUAUGUCCAGGCGGUCAGCCAGUAGCUCUUCUUCUGUCCACUCGAGGUCCACGAGACUUAGUGUGGCUUCCACAAUCACCAUCGGUGCGGGAGGUAUGUCUCGCAUUUUGUUGGGUGAAAUCAAAGCCAUGAUUGAUAAUCCACACGACUUCAUGGACGUCUAUGUUAGUCAGAAUAACAUGAGCUUCUGGAAAGUGGUCAUGCAAGGUCCACCAGAUUCUCCUUACGCAAAUGGAACCUUUCUGUUAUACAUUGAGAUGGGAUCUGAGUUCCCGAGACAGCCUCCUUCGGCCCGGUUCAUUACUCCAAUGUUGCAUCCCAAUAUAACGAAGCACGGCCGAGUAUGUCACCCGAUUUUCGAUCGGGAAUGGACUCCUGCAACACGUAUAUAUCAAGUCCUGCAGCAGUUAUAUGGCAUUCUCAUGUCUCUCGAGGCACGAGAUGCAGUUGAUCCCCUGUCCGCGCUCCGUUUCUGGUCAGAUGAGCUGGAAGGCAGACGAGAGGUAGAAAAUUAUGUACGCCGCUUUGCCAGCCGUUCGCGAGCGCUCCAUCGCGUUGACAUUAUCAGUGAUGAUGUGUCCUCUCUUUCAUCAUCUUCUUUCCCAUCCAGCUCAGCAAGCACCGCCAGCCGCUCAACUGUCCACUCGCCAUCACCCAUCCCCAUCGUCCCUAGCAUGAACCCUUUCAGCAACCCACCAAGCAAUCGUUCUCGCAAUUCUGUUUCUGGAGUCUCCACUAGCUCAAUUUCCACCACAUCUACACUUGCCAGUCAUCUCGCAAAUCAGCGCCGACCGGUCCAGACCACGCCACAGCCUCCACCAUUGCUGGCCAGCCAGGGGAAUACCCGGACGACACCAAGUUCUCGCGUUGGGGCAGAUGGCAGGAACCGAUUAGCGAGGCGGAGUGAUGUCGAUUUAGUAAGUGAUACAUCAGCCAGCGCUAGAGGAAGAGGCAGUGGGAGCCAAACGGGAAGCGAGGGUACCGGGAGAAGACUUAGUCGGCGAGCGAGCUUCUUUGCUUUACUUAAGAAUACUAAGACAUAAAUACUUUUAUAAGGCGCAAAGUUCUUAGCAAGUUUAUAAGAGAUUCUAAUUUGUAGGAG